GCGACUUUCUCCGUGCUUCUGACAUUUCUCGACUUCAUUUCUCGAUAUUUUCCGAGCCGCGCUUUUCAGUUCGCAUUUCAGUUGCGCCUGCCUUGUCCCAUCAUAUGUCCCGUCCCGUUGUGCCCAUCCGUUCCGCCUGUUAUGCCAGGUAAGUUUCCGCGUUCCCCCGCCCGCACCUCCUCUGCACGCCGCCCGCGCCAAUGACGCAGUCCGCCACCUCCUCCCUCCCGCGGGCCACCAAAUCUAAGCAGGCAUCGUCCUCCUUCUCCGUAGCGGUCGCACCUCCGUGACCCGCGGACCCGAAUCUCUCAGCGGCGUCAGUUGCAGCGCCAUUUGCGGCGUCAGUUGCAGUGGAGGUGGAGACGCCGUUGAUCGAAUCGCCUCCGCCAGCUGGCACACGCGUGAGACAGUGACCACCCCCCCCGGUUCACAAACCCUUACAUUUAGGGAGGCUCUCCGUCGGAGGCUGCACCCUCCCCCAUUCCCCCCUCAGCUGCUCAUCAGGACCACCUUGGCCCUCUUCACCCACCUGCUUCCGCUUUUUCACUCCGCUUGCGCGUUCUCCCCAUUCCCCCCGUAGCCGCUGACAAGGUGACUUGGUGACUUUUGAGUCGACUCAAAAGUCACCUUGCUGACCAGGACAGGGCCUCGUCGUCCGCCUGCCACCGCGUUCCGCAUUUCCCCUCCCCUUGGACCCCUUCCCCUUGCCCACUCUCUCCCCUCCGCCUACCCACCCUCCCCUAGGACCCCUCCUGCCCCCCCGCCUCAGCGGCUGACGAGAACCAGCUCCAACCUCGUCAUCCGCCUUCCGCCGCUUCACUGGGGCAAAGCAACGCUCGCCAUUGUGGUGGGUCACACCUUGGGGCCACACUCUGGGUGGCGCACUGGGUGGCAAACUGGGUGGCAUUGGGUGUGGCAGUCUUGGAGGCAGACUGCAGGCCAUAAGGUGCGGUGAGGUCCGGGACAUGGCGCAGUAAGCUAUGCCAUGAUGUAAGUAGGGGUGCAGGCAGGCAAGGAGCGAGAAAAGGCCUCCUGGGUUUGCUGCAAACAAACCCAUUCGCAAGCAGGCAAGCGGUUUAUUGGGACUGCAGCAGUUCUCGGGUCUACAACCAGCAUGACGUGCCACGGCAUGCCAUGCUCCAUAUGCCAUGGCAUGGCAUGCCAUGCUGUAUCCCAUGCCCCUUCUCUCUGUUGACUGUUGUCUCCCUUGCGCACUCCCACUGUCUCCCUUGCUGACUUCCCCAUGGCUCCCUCACCUCGUUGGCAUGUUAUCUCUCUCGUGCUGCUGCUGCCGUGGCUGCUACCGCCGCUGAUGCGUGAAGUCGCCUCCCAGGAUGAGCAAUUCUUCCUCCGCUCUCUGCCCAUUGCUGCUGCUGUAUUCGUGAUGUGAGGGUUGUGAGGGCCGUGCAUGUGCCAUGAGGUGGUGUGCAUGGGCCAUGGGGUGGUGUGCAUAUGCCAUGGGAUGGUGCGCACCAGUCAGGUUUUUCAGUGAACUUUCCAAACGCGAAACCUAGAUGCAGUUGUGUUGCUGCCAUGCUGGGAUGCCAGCUUCAAGCCAUGUGCCAUCACGCCUGCUGUCCCAUGCAGCCACACAAUCUACCAAUCAAUAGCCGAGUGCUCAUUAUGCACACUCCAUGCCUUACUCCCACUCUCCCUCUCCAGUGUGCAAUCCCCUUUCUUUAUUCCAGCAGCUACACGUCUCUAUCUCUCAACCCCGUCCUCCCCCCCCCCAGGCGCUUCUCUCUCCACAUCGCGCGUCACAGAAUGCUGGCUAUCUUCGUGUGUGCGGCAUUCGUAGUGCGCAGGAUUCGAAUCAACAGCUGUCAGCUGCUGCACACGUGGCAGCUGUUCGGUUGGAGCGGCGACACGACCAUUCCCACCGCCUCCAUCUGCCAUGUUGCGCUCGGCAAGCAGAGGCAAUGGCGGAGUCCGCCACCACGUCUUCCGCCCCGCGCGGCUCAGACGCCAAGCAGCAGGCCUCGUCCUUCUCCAUGGUCAUCACACCUCCGCAACCGGCGGACCCGAAUCUCUCAGCGUCAAAGCCGGCGUCAGUUGCGGUGGAGUUAGAGACGCCGUUGAUCGAGUCGCCUCCGCCAGCUGGCACACGCGUGCUGCUGACGAGGACCAGCUCGGACCUCGUCAUCCGUCUGCCGCCGCUCCACUGGGCCAAAGCAACGUUCUUUGCUAAUGGUAACUUUGUUUGGGGGUGUCACAUUUGUGGUGUGCACGGUACGAAUCGACAGCUGUCAGCUGCUGCACACGUGGCAGCUGUUUGGGUGGAGCGACAGCACGGCCAUCCCCACCGCCUCCAUCCGCCGCGUCACUCACAUGAGGGAGGUGCGUCACUGGUGGAUGCCAAUGUACUACUGCCAGAUAUUAGCUGCUGACGGUAGGCAGCUGCUGUUUGGCCUCCAUUUAUCAAGAGACGAAAACGCGUGGCUGCAGCAACAAGUGUCUUCGUUUCUGCUUGGCCUGGCCAAAAAAACUACUAUUGUUCAAGAUUGACUCCCAAGGACGAAGCCACAAGAGCUUUCCGUAUGGCACCUGUACUGCCACGUGCCUGCAUGCAGGAGCCCUCCUUGAGACUUGCACCUUAUAGCGGCUAUUGCAUGGCCCGGCUUUUGAAUGAGGGUUGGAGAUACAAGCCAUACUAUUGGGCUGAGAGAAAGCCCUUAGGAUCUUUUCAGAGACUAAGCCCCAGCUGUGGAGACUUGAGACUUUGAGUAGUGCAGCGGAAGUUGAGACGGUUGAACCCUUGUACUAGUAUGUGAGAACAAGUAUGGUGUUGGAGUGCCAGAAGCCGUCACUGUCGAAUUCUGGAUCAAGAUCCGGCGGGUGUGUCCAGGCGGCGAAUGAUACGAUGCCGUCGCUGUCGGCAGUACCGCGGUCGGGGACGAAGUCCAACACGAAGACGCCGGAUUUCAGGAGGGCACGACCGAUGAAGAGGCCACCCUUUCCGUGGUAUAGCCGAAACUCGUUGGAGUAGGA